CUUCGCACAGCUGAAUGGUCAUCGAUUCAAAACUCACCAACGCACUUCGUUACGAGCAAGUUUGACUGAAAAUCAUGAAAAGAUUCCUUGAAAUGUUCGCUUUUCUCGGCUGUUUGACUGCUGUUUAUGCCGGUGAUACUGGUGAUGGUCAUGUUACCCCUCCCCCAUGGCCAGAUCAUGGAAAACUACUCUGUUUGUUUUUUGCCGGCUCUGAUUACAUCUGCAAGGUGAAAUGCGAUCCAGGUCACGUGCCGGAGAGACCCAUUCCUCAUUCAUACGACUACCGUGACGGCAAGUGGACGACAGUUCCACUUCUAGACUCCAAUGGAGAACCUUUUGUGUUUCCCUGGCCAAACUGUGUCCCAGCAAGCAAGUAAAGAUUUGGCAGAUAUGGCUUUUAGCUGAACACGUCAAGGAAAAUUAUUUUAAAAUUUAAGAGGAAAUAAUAUAAUUAUAAUAAUAUGCGAUGCAUACUCUGUAACUUGUAGAUAAUUUGAAAACAAUCGAUGAUAAAACAUUAUGAAUCGUUGUGAAAAAUCCUCAUGAUAGUGUAAUUUCUCAAUUCUUUGUCUUUAUAAAUUUUCGUUCAUUACAUGACGUACUCCGCCGGAAUACCAGUUACGUCAGCUAUUAAAAAUAUUUCGUUUUCGUACUCCAGCCACCUGUUUAUCACUCCCGUCUAAUUUCUACUACUCCGACGCCUCAAUUUUCAUCAAGAAAACAAAAUCUUCCAACUACUUCGUAAAGAGUCGUAACACAACUCGCCGGGGAAUAAUAAAUUCAGUUCCAGUCCUCGGUUGGAAUUUCGAUUUAUUCCGAUUUGUCACUCGUUGUGCGAAGCAAAUAUGAUUACUUAAGAAAAAUUGGACCGGCAGAAAAAAAAAGAAAAAAGCUCAUAAACCACGUUAAAAAUAAAGACAUUUGCUGAAACAGACCCAUAGCUGAGUUCCUAAUCUAAUUAAGUAUUUGCGCGAUUCAUCGGCGGCAUCUUAUAUUUUUUGCGCUUUAUUUAUACUGGACCAAACAAAAGCUAGAACCGUAGACAGCUCAAUUUGAAUCAAUAAACAAAAAUAAACAAGGU